GCCCCCACUUGGUCAGCUCUCCCGCCUCCCACAUCCCGCUGACCCGUCUUUGAGGUCGAGCCCCGGGCAAGGUCACCACUGGCCUGCGGAGCAGCCUCCUUUUGCAUCCCCUAGCUGGGAUUGCUCAAAGACCCGGCGGUCCGGGUUUGGUCCUGGUGGGCACUGCCAAGCUGGCGGGAGGCCGAGGGCAGGGAGGGGCCAAGAGAACAGAUGCCUCGCCCCGCCCGGAGUCACGUGAGAGCCUCUGGAAGCGGAACUGGGGCUGCAGCCGAGCCCCGCGGUCCGCGCCCCCGACCUCGGUGCACCCGCACCCCGCUGCAGCCAUGCGUUCCCCUCGGUCUCGCGCCCUACCUCUCGCGCUCCUCAUGACACUCCUGGCCUCAGCCCGCACCGCCGCAGUCGAGGUCCCGCACCUAGUGCGUGUGGACAUGGCCCGCUCGCUGCGGCCCCUUCGGCCCUUCUGGAGGAGCACCGGCUUCUGCCCCCCGUUGCCACAUGAGCAGGCUGACCGAUAUGACCUCAGCUGGGACCAACAGCUCAACCUGGCAUAUGUGGGUGCUGUCCCCCAUGGUGGCAUUCAGCAGGUCCGGACACACUGGCUGCUGGACCUCAUCACAGCCAGGGGGGCUGCUGGGCAGGACCUAAAGUACAACUUUACCCACCUGGACGCUUAUCUGGACCUCCUGGGGGAGAAUCAGCUCCUCCCUGGGUUUGAGCUGAUGGGCAGCCCCUCUGGACACUUCACGGACUUCGAGGACAAGCAGCAGGUGUUUGAGUGGAAGGACCUGGUUUCCAUCCUGGCCAGAAGAUACAUCAGUAGGUAUGGACUGGCACAGGUCUCCAAGUGGAACUUCGAGACAUGGAAUGAACCGGACCACCAUGACUUUGACAAUGUGUCCAUGACAGAACAAGGUUUUCUUAACUACUAUGAUGCCUGCUCUGAGGGUCUCCAUGCUGCCAGCCCCAAACUGCGAUUGGGCGGCCCAGCAGACUCCUUCCAUGAGCCUCCCAGGUCCCCACUCAGUUGGAGCCUCCUGCGGCACUGUGCCCAUGGUACCAACUUCUUCACUGGCGAGCAGGGUGUGCGGCUGGACUUCAUCUCCCUCCACAGGAAGGGAGCAGGAAGCUCUAUUGCCAUCCUUGAGCAGGAGGCAGUGGUCCUAGGCCAGAUCCAGCAGCUGUUCCCUGAGUUCAAGGACACCCCUAUUUACAAUGACGAGGCAGACCCGUUAGUGGGAUGGUCGCUGCCGCAGCCUUGGAGAGCAGACGUGACCUAUGCAGCCUUGGUGGUGAAGGUUAUCACCCAGCACCAGAACCUGCUGGUUGCCAACGCCAGCACUUCGACCUACAGGCUGCUGAGCAACGACAACGCCUUUCUGAGCUACCACCCACAUCCCUUCUCACAGCGCACACUGACAGCUCGGUUCCAGGUCAACAACACCCAGCCACCUCACGUGCAGCUGCUGCGCAAGCCGGUGCUCACAGCCAUGGGGCUGCUGGCCCUUCUGGACGGAGACCAGCUCUGGGCCGAGGUAUCACGUGCCGGCGCUGUGCUGGACAGCAACCACACGGUGGGUGUCCUGGCCAGCGCCCACCGCCCCGAGGGCCCAGGAGACGCCUGGCGCGCCACGGUGCUGAUCUACGCGAGUGACGACACCCGCGCGCACCCGGGCCGCAGCGUUCGGGUGACUGUGCGCCUUCAUGGGGUCCCUGCAGGCCCAGGGCUCGUCUACACCACCCGCUAUCUAGACAACCGGCUCUGCAGCCCCCAGCGCGAAUGGCAACGCGCUGGCAGCCCUGCCUUCCCCUCGGUGGCGGAGUUUCGGCGCAUGCGCGCAGCAGAGGACCCGGUUGUCUCCGCACCGAGACCCUUCCCCGCCGGGGGCCGCCUGACACUGCGCCCUGAGCUUGCGCUGCCCUCGCUGCUGCUGGUGCACGUGUGUGCGCGUCCCUCUGGGCCGCCGGGCCAGGUGACCCGGCUCCGUGUGCUGCCCCUGACCCGAGGGCAACUGGCUUUGGUCUGGUCUGAUGAGCGAGUAGGCACCAAAUCCCUCCUUCCUGGUUGCCCUGUGUGGGGUGUGGGGCUCGUGGUGAUCCUCCUGUUUCAGCUUCACCAGCACUGGGAUUACAGGUGCCUGUGGACUUACGAGAUCCAGUUCUCCCUAGACGCCAAGGUAUACACCCUGGUGAGCAGGAAGCCGUCGACCUUCAACCUCUUCGUAUUUAGCCCAGACACUGCUAUCGUCUCUGGCUUGUACCGCGUGCGUGCACUGGACUAUUGGGCCCGGCCAGGCCCCUUCUCUGAUCCUGUGCCAUACCUGGAGGUCCCAGCUUCCUGAGGGUCACCAGUUCCACACUGACCAGUCAGGAGCCAAGAUGGGCCCACUGACCACUGGCCAAUCAGUUAGUUGUUGGCUUCUUCUGCCCCUACCCACUCUGCACCUCUAAAGUGACUUGCUGCCCAUCAGUCUUGGGGUCAGCCUCUGUGGACCCGUCUGGGUGGACAGAGGAGAGAAAGGAAGGGGAUGGCAGGCACUCCGCUUCCUUCUGUUGGCCAGAGCUACCAGUCUGGGUGGGGAGCUGCUGCAGGGGCUGAAGGCACUCUUUGGCGGGGAGGAUAGCUCAGCAGACUGCCAGCAGAGGCCUCCAGUGCCCAUUGUGUUUGUGUGACCUUUGUGGCUAUCUUGGCUCUGUCUGAAGCCGCACAGCUAGGGCACAGUGGGCAGGGGCACAGCUGUUGUUCACUUCUGGGUGGCCUACGGAGCACGUAUGUCUGUAUGCCACUUCUAUAUAUUUUCCUUCUUGCUAGCAGCCUCUAGGAAACAUCAUGAAGCAUUUUUAAGGAGUGGUCUAGUGGCAGCCCAAGACUCCUUCUUGGAGACACAAGUAUACUCUGUCCUCAGUAUCCUGGACCAAUAAGUCAUGUGGCCAGGUGGCUGGCGUUGAGCCUCCAGUGAGGCUCAGUCGCAAGCCUGGAGCCACAUUCCAAGUGGGGAAGAAGGUAUGGCAGCAGAGGUAGGCUAGCCUUGGUCCAACAGCUGUCUGGCAGGAGCACAGUAUUGUACCACAGCCUGGCCUGCUGAGCCCUUUCCAGCCAGCAUUACCUAUCAUCCAGGAAGUAGGCGAGCCCCAACCCACAGUCCCACUGGCUCCAGGCCUCAGGAGGUGCAACAGAUAAGGACAUCUCAUCUUUCUGCAGGAUACCCCACCAUUUUACCACUAUGGAGUCCCUGCAUGCUUCUUAGGAAGCUCCUGAGGCAGUCCAGGGUUUCUCUCCUACCCCAUGGGAGACGUGACUAAGGCAUCUAGGGUGUGUAUUUUCUCUUGUUCGCUGCAUCCAGUCAGUGGGAUCAAGAUCUCCUGGGCAGCACCGGGAGGCUGAGACAGGAAAAUCACUAAUUCAAGCACAGCCUAGGCAACUUUCAGAUUUAGCUCUUUCAAAAAAUAAAUUUAAAAGAGGGAGCUGGGA